AUGGAAAAAACCGAAUAUCGUGCAGUGAUAAAAUUCUUUGUUUUGGAAGGUUUAUCAGCAACAGAAAUUCAUACAAAAAUGGUGAAAGUGUUAAAGGAAUCUGCUCCUUCAUUUCCAACUGUGCAUCGAUGGGUUUUAGAGUUUAAACGUGGUCGUACAAGCGUUGAAGAUGAACCACGUAGUGGACGUCCAAAAAGUGCAACAACACCAGAAAUCAUUGAGCAAGUCUAUGAUAUUGUUUGUAAAGAUCCAAGUUUGACUAAGCGUGAAAUUGCUGAUACCAUAGGCAUCUCAGAUGAACGAGUACUCCAUAUUUUACACGAAGAAUUACAUAUGAAAAAGCUGCUCGGAAAGUUAGUGCCGCAUUCGUUAACAAUUCAACAAAAACUGAAUCGAAAACAAAUUUCUCAGCGUAAUUUGGAGCGUUUUAAGCAGAAUAAAACCGAUUUUGUGCGUCGUUUUAUAACUAUGGAUGAGACUUAG